UCUCAGUGUGGUUUGCUGACGAGAUGGGAAAAAACACAACAUGGGAUCAAGUGGAGACGCCCAUCUAACAGAGAAAUUUUCAUUCAACCCAAAAGAGGGAAUAGACAACCCCAUCAUGGUCGUCACAGACAGUGCAGACUCUGGCUCUACACCCAGACCACGCCUAUGUGUUCUUAAACGAGAGGAGGAAGAGACCUACGGCUUCAAACUGCGGGCGGAGAAGCAUUGCCACGGACACGUGAUCAGAAACGUGGUAUCAGGGGGGAUAGCUGAGCGUAGCGGCCUUCAGGAUGGAGACAGACUUCUUGAAGUCAACAACUGCUAUGUUGGUGAUGUUUCUCACCCUGAGGUGGCCAGGAAGAUAACACUAAGUGGACACCAGUUAUGCUUGUUAGUCCUGGAUGGGGAGGUAUAUGAGCAUGCUGUGUCCCGAGGCCAGGACCUGCGAAAUCUGGCCAGAGUCCACACAGAUAAAGGUUGCAAACCACCCAGACUCUGCCACAUCACCAAGGAUCCUGUCUCAGGUCUGGGUAUCCACUUUACAUCACUGGAAGGAGAGAAGGGUCGCUUUUCUGUGAGCCUGGUGCCAGGAGGUGCAGCUGAAAGGGCAGGAGUGCGUAAGGGAGAUCACCUGGUGUGGAUUAAUGGAGCAACAGUGUCACAUCUUACACACUCUGCACUCAGCAGAAUGAUGAAAAAAUGUGGCGAUCACAUCACCAUCCUUGUGGUUGAUAGUGAGAGUGAGAAGAUCUACAUGCAACAGAGGAUGCCCAUCCUGCCUGCCAUGGCUGUUCCACAUAAACUGCCUUUCAGAGCCAGGAAACUCCACAUGACCUGUGGCUACAAGGGCUUCGGUUUUCUCCUUCGGCUGGAGAAGACGCCAUCGGGUCGCACCUAUCACUUUCUGCGUGAGGUGGAAGGAGGGAGUCCAGCAGAGAAGGCAGGCAUGCAGGAUGGAGAGAUCAUGCUGGAGGUCAAUGGAGAGUCAGUGACGUUACUGAAGCACUCGGAGAUUGUGGACAGAGUGAGAACAAGUGGACAGCAUGUCUCCAUCAGCAGCAUCACUCCAUUGGGGUUUGAGUUUUACUCCAAGCUGGGCUUGUCUCCUCUUCUCUUUCAUGAGGAAGAUGUUGCAGAGAAAGAAGAGGAGAACUGUGAAAAACCCUCCGCAGAGCAAGAAGAGGAGAUCACAGUUUUGUGAGCAAUUGCAGAAUUGAAACCUCUGCCAGCACUAUUGAUCCAAUGGGAUUUAAAACUACAUUUUUUGCUGAAAUAGAAAAAAAAAAAACAACUCUCAAAUGUUUAUAUCAAACAAUUUACCUCAAUCCAAUACCGGGAUUUUCAGAGGGAUUCCAAGCAAAGCUGAUACAAUAAGCUGAAAAUUAAAUGAACUUUUAAAAAGUGCAAUAAAAUAUUAUUGUGUAUCUGUGAUAGUGUGAUAAAUCUAAUGCAUUUAGUAUUAACCGAUCCACCUUUUAGUUUUGUGCAACCUCACCUCAGCUGAUAAAAUAUAACUACCGGUAUUUAUUUUUUCAACAACUAUCACAAUAAAUCAAUUCCUCAGCAUUCUAACAACCUCUAAAAAUAUAAAAUGAACUGAAGAAAUUAUUAUUUUUUUUUUUUAAUUCUCAUUAAAUUAUGGAAUCAUUUUUCAAAAUGUUUCAAAAUAUGCCUAUUUGUGGAAAAAAAAUGUAGUAUUUGAGUGACAUAAAAGCUUGUUAUUUGUUUUCUUCCUAAUUGUCCUUGUGGUCAAGAACCCUCAACACAAAAAUGGUUUAGCCACUGAUCAAAAUUUGACGUUAUCAUUUAAUUCAACCAUUAGAAUGGUCAAAAUGUCCGGUCAACACAAUUCCGGUGCUCAGAAAAGAAGAGAAAAGAGAAGAAGAGAAGAAGAAAAUAGAGGCCUCAUAGAUUCUCUACACAAAUAUUUUAAAAAGGUGGUGACGGUGAAGCUGGAAUUAAUAAAGUCAGCGUAGAGCAAGGUAAGAAACAGUGCAGCCAAUGUUUACCAACCUUGUAACUUAACCUAACUGGCUAUCUCUAAUGUUAACGUCCAUUAGCUUGUAUAAAAACCUGAAGAGCAGAGGGAGAGGAGAGGAAGAGGGAGAAGGAGAGAUCCGUGCGCAGGGGGGCCCAUCUUAGAUUAUUUUGUCCCGGGCCCCGGCAGGACUGUCAGCUGCCCUGCAUCAAACCUUUGAUGCAGUUACAGCUGAUUCUUUUUCUUUUAUAGUCGGAAAUUUUAAAACGUUCCUGAAUAUUCAACAUAUGUCAUCUUUACAUUAUCACAACCUUGGUGAGCACAAUAGUUCCAGUAUUUUGCUAAAAUGUUUGAAGUUCCUCUGUGCAGCAAUGCCAGUUCCUACCAUGUGGAUGCAGUAUAGCACAAAGUCCCUGCAUGAAACAUCUGCAUCUGUGAGGACACAAGAUGUGCUGGACUGUCUCCACUCAGCGCCAAAGUAUAGACUGUGCAUUUCUUUUUAGAUAUUUACAACGAAUAUUAAUUAAAUUCUAUAACAGAACUGUAAUGUUAAAGAUAUUUGAAUGAAAUCAAAACACAAACUAUGAGAAAAGACCAUCUCCUCGCCUGACAAACACAGCUCAGCAGCACAAUGGUGCCCUCCUAAACUGCAAAUGAGCAACUGAGUUCCGACCUCAAUCAUUUUACACUAUUAGGCCUCUAGAUUUUGAAAGAUCCUAAGUCUUUACAACUUUGCAUUGAGGAUUUUUGUUAAGUGAUCCAUGAUUCUCUGGCUGGGUUUAACAGAAAGGAAAGAACCGUAACCCAUCCUUGCAUGGAAAGGCGGAUUUAUUCUGGCACCUGUCACCAUUUAAUCUGCUUACUGUACAUUCUUUCAGAGCAGUGUUACUUGUAUAGUUUGUAAAUUAUUCUGAGUCUAACAUUGUCCGUUGCCCAAAUGUUUUUGACUCUGCUGUUGGUAUCAAAUCAUAAAUUUGUUAUAUAAUCUAAAAUUGUAAAUAAAAUCAACAACCAUGAA